AUGGCUAAGAAAAUAACAAUUGUAGAAUCAGAGGAUUUAAAAAUGAUUCCUCUUGAUGAAAUUGUUGAUUAUUACUAAUGUAUGAGAUUGAUGUUGCUAGGAGCAGAUCUCUUUCAUAAAGGAAAAAUAUAUAAACUGCUCUUAAAACUAUUAAAACAUCUGAUGAUGAUGAUGUGAUUGCUUUAUUGUCUAAAUGAUUGAAUAUGUUGCAAAGAAAGAAAAACUAUUUGUGCAAGAAAGGUACAAGUAGGUUUUCUGAAAAUUGUGACAAUCUAUGUUUUGAGUGUAAGAAACUAGGUCACUUUUAGGCUGAUUUUCCACUGCUGAAAAAGAAAAAAUUCAAAUACAAAAGGAAAAUAAUGAUGGCAAUGUUUAGUGAUAGUGAUUUCAGCACAAAUGAAGAAAGUGAAGAAAAACAAAAUCUCUGCCUUAUGGUGAGUUCUUCAGAUGUAUAUGAUUUUGACUCCUCUAUAUCUAAAGAUCAAUAAAAACAAGUUUUUGAUGAAUUGAUUAGUGCAUUUGAGUUUCUUCAACAUAAGCUGAAAGUUAUACAAAAGGAAAAGAAAAUACUUAAAGAAUCAAUCAAAGGUUUAGAAAAUAAAAUGGGCAACAUAUGA